AUGGAGGGAGGACACCUAUCUCGAGACAUUGCCCCUGAUGUGUCAGAUGUGUCAGCCUCCAGCUCUAAUAUAUCUUCAAAUUCAAGCCUGGCACAGAAUGCAGAAUCUAAUGAGACCGAAAAGUCAAGUCAGCCAGGAUCGUUGAACAGACGCCUCACUGAAGAUGAGAUCAUGCGUGUACUCUCUCGGCGACGUACCGGCGAAUCUGAGGAAGACACGGAAGGGGGGACUGAAGCUAUGGCCCAGAUCAUGAGACUUGUUUCGCGAAUGUUUGGUGACGAGAGGAAGACUAACUCCGACGAAGAAAAGACGAGACAUCUUGGGGUCGUAUGGAAGCAUCUAACUGUGAAGGGGGUUGGACUCGGUGCUGCCAUUCAACCAACGAACUCCGAAGUUCUCCUCGCUUUGCCUCGAAAGAUCAAGAGUCUUUUAACUCGAGGCAGGAAUAGGCCUCCGUUGCGGACCCUUUUAGAUGAUUUUACAGGUUGCGUACGGCCUGGGGAAAUGCUACUAGUCCUUGGCCGGCCCGGCUCAGGGUGCUCAACUUUCUUGAAAGUAAUUGGGAAUCAGAGAUCGGGAUAUAAAAGUGUCGAAGGUGACGUACGCUAUGGAGGUACUGAUGCUCAAACAAUGGCGGACAAGUACCGCUCUGAGGUGCUUUACAAUCCCGAGGAUGACCUUCACUACCCAACCUUGACAGUACGGGACACUUUGUUAUUCGCUUUGAAAACUCGGACCCCGGAUAAGGAAUCACGCCUCCCUGGAGAAUCUCGGAAAGAAUAUCAGGAGACAUUCUUAUCUGCCAUUGCUAAGCUAUUCUGGAUUGAGCAUGCCCUUGACACAAAGGUGGGUAAUGAGUUAAUACGUGGGAUCUCUGGAGGCGAGAAGAAGCGUGUCUCUAUUGCAGAGGCACUGGUGACUCGGGCAUCCACCCAGUCUUGGGAUAAUUCAACGAAGGGACUCGAUGCAAGUACAGCGCUGGAGUAUGUGCAAAGCUUGAGGAGCCUGACUGAUAUGGCAAACGUCUCCACACUUGUCGCUCUCUACCAGGCCUCUGAAACCCUGUACAAACUUUUCGAUAAGGUGAUGUUCAUAGAAGAAGGCAAAUGUGUCUACUACGGCCGUGCUGACUCUGCCCGCCGCUAUUUUGAGAGCCUGGGAUUCGAGUGUGCCCCUAGGUGGACGACACCGGACUUUUUAUUAUCAGUCACCGACCCAAAAGGGCGUCGGGUCAAGCAGGGAUGGGAAGACCGAAUCCCUCGGACUGCAGAGGAGUUUCGGAAAAUCUACCGCAAGAGUGAUAUCUAUAAGGCCACUCUAGUUGACAAUGAGAGUUUCGAGGAAGAACUAGAAUCUCAGAAAGAGGAACGCGAAGCUGCCAGAAAAGAAUCGGCGAAGAAAAACUACACUGUUUCAUUCUAUCACCAGGUUGCUAUUCUAACGCAUCGUCAAUUUCUCAUCAUGUAUGGCGACAAGGCGACUCUAAUAGGUAAAUGGGUGAUUUUGACCGGACAAGCCCUCAUAACUGGCUCUUUGUUCUAUAAUUUGCCCCAGACAAGUGCCGGCGUUUUCACCAGAGGGGGUGUUAUGUUUUAUGUUUUGCUCUUUAAUGCUCUACUUGCGAUGGCCGAACUAACGUCAUUUUUCGAUACCCGGCCAGUUAUUCUAAAACACAAGAGCUUCUCUUUCUAUCGACCUUCUGCUUUCGCUCUGGCGCAGGUGAUCGUUGAUAUUCCCAUAAUAUUCGUCCAAGUUACACUGUUUGAGCUUAUUGUAUAUUUCAUGGCCAAUCUUUCAAGAACCGCUUCUCAGUUCUUUAUCAAUUUCCUGUUCAUAUUCACCCUGACGAUGACCAUGUACUCCUUCUUUCGCACUAUUGGAGCAUUAUGCGGUUCCCUUGACAUUGCUACGCGUAUUACCGGUGUUGCUAUCCAAGCACUCAUCGUUUAUACAGGCUAUCUUAUUCCACCUUGGAAAAUGCAUCCCUGGCUGAAAUGGCUUAUCUGGAUUAAUCCCGUGCAAUAUGCUUUUGAAGGGGUUAUGUCAAACGAAUUCUAUAAUCUGGACAUUCAAUGCGAGCCACCAAACAUUGUACCGGAUGGUCCGAAUGCAUCAGCUGGACACCAGACCUGUGCCAUUCAAGGGAGUAAUACCAACCAGCUAAUUGUUCAAGGCUCCAACUAUAUCAAGAGCGCAUUUACAUACAGUAGGUCACAUUUAUGGCGCAAUUUCGGUAUCAUAAUCGCAUGGUUAGCUCUAUUCAUUGCGUUGACCAUGCUCGGGAUGGAGCUUCAAAAGCCCAAUAAAGGGGGUAGUUCUGCCACUAUAUUCAAAAGGGGGGAGGAGCCAGAAACAGUGAAACGAGCCCUCGAGAAUAAAGAGCUCCCAGAGGACGUGGAAACUGGGGAUAAGGAGAAGGGCGUUGACGGUAACAUGAACGAAUAUACGUCAGAGGACUCUGGAGAGAAGGUCACAGGUAUUGCUCGGAGCACGUCAAUAUUUACUUGGAGAAACUUGAACUACACGAUACCGUACAAAGGUGGAAAGAAACAACUUUUACAAGAUGUGCAGGGAUAUGUCAAACCCGGUCGCCUUACGGCUCUAGUGGGCGCUUCCGGGGCUGGGAAGACUACACUACUCAACACAUUGGCACAACGAGUAAACUUCGGUGUCGUUAGCGGUGAAUUCUUAGUUGAUGGGAGGCCUCUCCCAAGGAGCUUCCAAAGAGCAACUGGGUUUGCUGAGCAGAUGGACAUCCAUGAGCCUACAGCUACUGUGAGAGAAUCCCUGCGGUUCUCAGCACUUCUUCGCCAGCCUAAAGAAGUACCCAUUCAAGAGAAAUACGACUACUGCGAGAAGAUACUUGACCUCCUAGAAAUGCGAUCAAUUGCCGGUGCUACAAUUGGCUCUGGGGGCAUUGGAUUGAGUGAAGAACAGCGUAAGCGACUGACCAUAGCCGUUGAGCUGGCCAGUAAACCGCAGUUAUUGCUCUUUCUGGACGAGCCGACCUCUGGUCUUGAUUCUCUGGCCGCCUUCAAUAUUGUGCGCUUCCUUCGACGGCUUGCAGAUGCUGGUCAAGCAAUUCUGUGUACAAUCCACCAGCCUUCUGCUGUGCUGUUCGAGCACUUUGACGACCUAGUACUGCUACAAAGUGGGGGCAAAGUUGUCUAUAAUGGCGAGCUAGGGCACGAUUCUAGCAAACUCAUCAGUUACUUCGAGCGGAACGGUGGCAAGAAGUGCCCACCCCACGCAAAUCCUGCAGAGUACAUGCUCGAGGUUAUCGGUGCUGGGAAUCCUGAGUAUAAAGGCCAAGAUUGGUCGGAAGUCUGGGCCAGAAGCUCAGAGAACAAGCAAUUGACAGAGGAAAUUGAGAGUAUCAUUCAAUCACGGCGCAAUAAGAGUGCAGAAGACAAUGAUGACGACCGCCGCGAGUAUGCUAUGCCUAUCGGCGUGCAGGUACUAGCAGUGACAAAACGUGCCUUUGUUGCUUACUGGAGAUCUCCUGAAUACAUUCUCGGGAAGUUUCUUCUACACAUAUUUACUGGUUUAUUCAACACUUUCACUUUCUGGCAUUUAGGAAACAGCUAUAUUGACAUGCAAUCUCGAUUGUUUUCUAUAUUUAUGACGCUCACGAUAGCGCCACCACUAAUCCAGCAACUGCAGCCACGGUUCCUCCAUUUCCGGAAUCUAUACGAAUCCCGCGAGGCAAAUUCCAAGGUAUACUCAUGGGUUGCAUUUGUGACUAGUGCUAUUCUCCCCGAACUCCCGUACUCAAUCGUUGCCGGCACCAUCUACUUCAACUGCUGGUACUGGGGCGUCUGGUUCCCCCGGGACUCAUUCACUUCAGGCUAUGUCUGGAUGUUUCUCAUGCUCUUCGAGAUGUUCUAUGUGGGAUUCGGCCAGUUCAUCGCCGCGCUGGCACCCAACGAACUCUUCGCCUCCCUCCUCGUCCCUUGUUUCUUUAUAUUUGUCGUAUCCUUCUGCGGAGUCGUUGUCCCGUACAUGGCUCUGAUCCCCUUCUGGCGGUCUUGGAUGUACUGGCUCACCCCUUUCCACUACCUCCUGGAAGGCCUCCUUGGUGUCGUAACGCAUAAUGUCUCGUUGCAAUGCGUCUCGAGAGAAGAGUCACAUUUCAGUCCGCCGCCAGGAGAGACUUGCCAAAGCUAUGCCGGUUCCUUUGCGCAGCAAGCUGGAGGCUAUGUACAGGAUGCGGGGAAUGGCCGUUGCUCCUACUGCCCGUAUUCGGAUGGAGAUACUUUUGCCACCAAAAACUUCAAUGUAUAUUACUCUCAUAAGUGGAGAGCCUAUGGCAUCUUUUGGGCAUUUGUCAUGUUUAACUUUGCUGCCGUUUAUGCUUUCUCGUGGCUCUAUCUGCAUGGUAUAAGGGAUAUCAAAAAGUGGUUUAGUACAAGGAAAGCCAAAGGGGGGGACAGAGAGGUGUAG